AUGGCUCCCCCUACCGAGCCUCUCAACCUCGAUGUUGAGGCCAUUUCUGGCAUUUGCGGCUCCAUCUCAAUUGCGUGCUGGGUUGUGGUCUUCUCCCCCCAGAUCCUCGAAAAUUUCCGUCGCGGCAGUGCCGACGGUCUGUCGCUGCAGUUCAUCAUUGUCUGGCUGGCUGGCGAUGUCUUCAACAUCCUGGGCGCCGUCCUUCAGGGCGUUCUCCCGACCAUGAUCAUCCUCGCCAUCUACUACACGAUUGCCGACAUGGUUCUGCUGGGACAAUGCUUCUACUACCGCGGCUUCACCUGGAAGGACGAGGUGGUUCCCCCGACCCCGAAGCCGCGCAACCGCACCGGCGAGCCGAACGAGCGGACCGGCCUCCUGCCCGCGUCGGCCAUCGAGCGUGAGCGCCGAGGCUCCGACUGGUCCCAUCUCUCCCCUGCCGUGCCAAUGCGCCCCGAAUCCGCGCCCGCUCCUCCGCCGAGGCCCUCGACCGUUCUGCAGGCGAUUGCCUGGAACACCACCGCCAUCAUCAUGGUUUGCGCCGCCGGCGUCCUCGGCUGGUUCCUCAGCCGCGGGUACUCCGACAAGGAGCCCGACCACAGCAACAGCGACGAAGAUUCCCUGGAGUUCAACACCCUCGGCCAGAUCUUUGGCUGGCUCUGCGCCGUCCUGUACCUCGGCUCUCGCCUGCCGCAGCUCCUUCUCAACUACCGCCGCAAGUCCACCGAGGGCGUCAGCAUGCUCUUCUUCCUCUUUGCCUGCCUCGGCAACCUGACCUACGUGCUGAGCAUCUUUGCCUUUGAGCCCCACUGCAAGAACGAGUGCUCCCCGUCCGAGGCGAACCGCAUCUAUGGCCGCUACAUGCUGGUCAACCUCAGCUGGCUGGCCGGCAGCUUGGGCACCCUGUUCCUCGACAUGGGCAUCUUUGCGCAGUACUUCAUGUACCGCACCGACGGCGAGCUCAGCGACAUUGAAGAGGAAGAUGACGAGAGCAUCGACGAGGAUCGCUGGGACCAGCGACCGCUCCUCGCGCGUGGUGACUCGUCAUACCCCUAG